AUGAAGACAAUACGAAUAUAUAUCAUUCUAACGUUAUUAAUAUCUUGUACUGGGAUAUUGCAAGUAUUUGUAAACGUUGCAGCUGAAGCACCAAAAAUAAAUUACAAUGGACUGUCUCAAAUUCUUACCUUGGGUCAAUAUAAUGGUAUAUCGAUAUUUAGUACACCAGGACAAAGAGAAAAUUUUGAUAUAACGAGCGAUUCCUUUAUAUCACAAGCACAAAAUAAUACUUUUCAGCUGGUCGGGACGACAUCAUAUAAUGGAACUAUAAAUGCGAUUUGUAUACUACCACGGUCCAAUGAAGGGAUGGAUGUAUAUAUUGGUGGUAGAUUUAAUACACUUGGAGAUAUAUCGGUUAAUAAUAUAGCUCGUUAUGAUCCAUCUAGUAAAACAAUUUCAUCUUUAGUAGAGGGAUUGGAUGGUCCAGUAUAUUCAUUGUAUUGUGAUACCUCAAAUUCUAUUGUAUAUGUUGGAGGUACGUUCGUAACUCCAACGAAUCCAAUGGCAAACAAUAUAAAUGCAACAGAUUUUGCUGGUAGUGUAGCUGUAUGGCGUGAUGAAACUUGGGUGCCAUUACCUUUCAAAGGAUUUAACGGGCCAGUUUAUACCAUUGCGUAUAAUGAGCCUAACAACACCAUCUAUUUUGGAGGUCAAUUUGAUGCAACUGGUGAUGGAAGAUUUGGUGUGACAUCAAAUACUCAACCAAUAAAUAUUCAAAAAGCUGUGAUUACUGGUGGGAAUUCUGCUGAUCGAGAUUUGGUUGGUGAUCCAUCUUCUGUUCUAUGCAAUUCAGAACCUGAUGGACCUGGAACAACCUGGUUAAUGAGAGAUGGCAUGCCAGGUUUUUGGAGGGCAGAAUUCAACGUUAAAUUAACUCCGAGUGUGAUUGGAAUUAAGAAUACAAAUUUUGAGGGAAGGGGAACAAAGACAUUUAGGUUAAUCGCCACAGCUGAUAUGAGUGUAGUUACAUUAUCUUAUAUGGACCCUAUAAAAGGAUUGUUAGUGUGUACAUCUUGUCCUCUUAGUCCAAGUAAUGAAGAUUUUCAAACAUUCACAUUUGUUAGUCGGCCAGAAUUAACAGGAAUUCAAAUCGACAUUUUGGAAUGGUACGGAAUUGGUGGAGGAUUUCAUGGAAUUAAACUUUUCCAAUCUGAUAUAAUUGUACGUGCUGUGAGUGACAUGAUUGAUAAUAAUCCUUCUUGUGGUGGCACCAACCCAUUUCAACCAAAAGUGACAUUUGAAGGUUUAUGGACUUCCAAGUUACUGUCAGGAAUUUGGCAAAAUGUGUUGCAGACAAUAAUUCCUGCUGGAGAAAUUGCUACAUCUACAGCAAAAGUUAUCAUGCAACCAUAUAUUCCACAAGCUGGAUAUUAUGAUGUUUCUAUGGUUACUCCUAGUUGUAUUCCAUAUGAUUGCUCAAAAACGAUCUCCAUUGAUGUUAGGAUCAUGGUUGCUCCCGGUCAAACAAUUGGACCUAUACCAAUUUCCCAAAAUAAUCCUUCCCAACUUAAUCGAGUGGAUGUACUAGCUUCUGGAUUAUUUAUUGUUGCCACUACAACUUUUUUUCAACCUACUGUGGAAAUUACAAUUUCAACUACUGCAGCAGUACCCGUCGGAGGUGAAGCCAUUGUUGUAGUGGAUAGUAUUAAAUUUGUAAAGAGUCAAAUUAAUUUGCCUUUAAGCGGGUUAUUCCAAUAUUCACCAGCUUCAGACCUGAACGAACCUGCAUGGAAUGGAUUUAAUGGUGUUUUAGCUCCCCUUUCAACUGUACAUACGAUUAAAGUCAUAUCUCCAUAUACAAUUGUAAUCGGUGGUAAAUUCAAUAAUGUAACAUUCUUCAAUAUCGUAGAAUAUGAUGGCAAUACAUUUAUACCACUUCCUAAUGGAGGUCUUAAUGGUCGAGUAAACACUUUAGAAAAAGUGGAUGACAAUUUAUUAGUUGGAGGUUUAUUCAAUAAUACUGUAUUAGGACUAGCAUCUCUAAGAUUAGAGAAUCUCGCUAGAUUAAGUAUCUCAGAAAAUCAGUGGUAUUCAGUCGCUGGUGGUGUAAAUGGUGAAGUAGGAAGAUUAACUUUAUUGAAUAAUAAUGAGAAUCAACAAGUACACGUGGCCGGUAAAUUCAAUACGGCUAUAUCUCCAAAGGCUAAUGAAGAAGGAAUUAUAUAUGGAAAUGUGACAUUCGGUUACUCAAUUUGGGAUAAUAAAUUCUCGGACUGGGCAACGUCUAGCUAUAUUGAUGGUGUUAUUAAUGAUAUCGUGGUUUCUGGAACAAACGAUCCUUCAACAUUUUAUGCUGGAAGAAUUUCAGCUGCUCAGCUUACAACCGCAUUUGGAGGAAGUUUUAUUACAAGUACCGGAAUUUCCGCACUUCCAAUAUAUCCACAAGCUUUAGAUGGAAACGUUCCUGAGAUUAUCAUUAAUACUGGUUUGAUAUGGAACGAUACAAAAAAUGACAAGUCUUGCGUUAUCAUUGGUGGCAAAUUUGAAUUUAAUGGUAUCAAGAAUGUUGCCAUUAUGGUAGAUGGUUUGUGGAACAGCUUGGGAGAUGUUGUUUUUGAAGGGGAAGUCAUAUCUCUUGAUGUAACAAAUGAUUUAUUAUACAUCGGAAGUGCAUUCACCGUAACUAAUGAAAGCGACGAGGGUUAUAAUGCUUUUGUUAUUUAUGAUUUAUACGAGCGUAAAGUGAUUGUAUCACCUCAAUUGACCGCAGAUGAUAAUAAUGUUAAGGUUAAUGUGAUAAGAGAUCGUACAGGAACGCCCGAAAUUAUUGUAGGCGGAAAAUUUGAUAAAGCCGGUUCACUUGAAUGCAAAACGAUCUGUAUUUGGGAUUCAAGGCUUAAACAAUGGAAACCUCUUGGUGCGAAAGAUGAUAUUUCCGGUGAAAUAUUUUCUAUGGAUUUAAUUGGGAAAAUGAGAAAUAAAGAUCCGAAUCCCCUAGUUGUUGCUGGAAAUUUGACCUUAAAUGGAAAACCCGUUUAUUUACUUAAAUAUGAUUUUAGCAAAUCAAGUUGGGAAGAUAUGAGUUCCUUGGGAUCUGAUAAUAACAAACUUCCAGGAAUUGCUACCGUAGUAUCUAAUGAUUUCAUGAUAGAUGGUCAAUUCUUUGUCUCAGGACAUACUGAAGUAGAUGGUUCUGCAUAUUUGUGUAAAUGGACUGGUGAUGAGUUCAGGAUCAUAGGCAAACAAAUCAUGUCAGAUUCUAAAAUAGAAGCUCUAACAUUACUUCCUUCGAAUAAUGAACAUGAAAAUGUAGAUUAUUUGGGUGACAAAUGGUUGCUCCUCGUUUCUGGUUCAUUAAAAUUGGACACAAUUGGAGAUGUUAGUGCGGCUUUAUAUGAUGGAAAAGAUAUGUAUCCUUAUAUCUUAUCUUCACAAACCAAUGGAGUUUCGGGGCGUAUCACUGCUAUAUUCAUAACAAUUAUUCCUGAAUUAUUUGGAAAAAGACCAUUGCCCGUUCCUUUGGUUAUUUUAGUCUCAAUAGCUAUCGCAUUAUCCCUCGUAUUUCUGAUUGUCGCUUCUGGUAUGACCUAUAGAUAUUAUAAAAACAAACAUCGAAAGAAACCUACUCCAUUAGGUCUACGCGAAUCUAUGAAAACACCCAUUCGAGAUAGUGAAAUAAUGGCCACGAUUCAAGCUGCCGCUGCUAUAAUCGGACAAGGCAAUCGUUAUUCUAUGGCCUCAAGUAACAACCAGAGAAAUUCUGUAUUUGGAUCUAAUGCUGAUGUGAAAUCAUUAGAUGAAGUUGCAUCAUCCGGAUUCAUUGCUUCCGGACCUACGACAGGUCAACAUUAUAAUCAAGCUUUUACCUUACAAAAUAAUUCACCGAAAUCGAUAGAUGAUGAAUCGAUUGAUUCAAAUUUAGCAAAAGGAUUAGCUAAAGCUACCUCCACAGAACAAGCAGGCUCAGCUAAACUUCGACCUUCAACUCAGCUUCACUCAGUCGUUAUUACUCCGGGUGAAGGUGCUCCAGUAGGUCAAGUUUUGUCGAACGGAGAAGCAUACGAAUACAUUGCAAGAUAUCCGUUUAACGCGAGGGAAGAGGGUGAAUUAGAUUCAAUCUUUGUUUUAGAUACUAAUAACGAAGUAUGGUGGUUUGGAUAUAAGCUAGAUCAGGAUGGUAAUUUUAUACAAGGUGUAUUCCCAAGUAAUUAUGUGGUAUUAAAUCAAGACCAAAUAAACACACAAACAUCUGAAUCUUGA